GCGAUGUGCUGUUGUGGUUUUCCUCCAGGAUACACAGCUUUAUUAGUAUUUUUUUUAGUAGCGUCUCCACCUCAUGAGUGCUACAUUCCACCAAACUCCAAUCUUAGCCAGGAAUGGAUUAAUGUCCUCACUCCUGCACAGGGCAGUCCCGGAGUCCCCUCGCUGGUUGCUCUCUCUGGGGCGCACAAGGGAAGCUGAAAGGAUCCUCCAGAUGGCCGCUUUAGAAACACAUGUCGAAGCCCCCGCCAGCAUCUUGCCCCCAGAGGAGUUAGGGUCAUUAAGCUCUGAGCCAUGCACUUUCUUGGACCUGCUGAAAACUAGGAACAUCCGGCACAUCACUGUAAUGCUUUGGAUCAGUUGGUUCUCUAUUGAAGUUAUCAACAAUGGCCUGUCAUUCAGUGUAACUGGUUUGAGUGGGAGCCCUUUCGUGAUCUACUUCUGUAUCGCAGUGAUUGAACUCCCUUCACACCUAUUCAGCUGGCUGGCAUUAGCAAACUUCCGUCGUAGAAUGAUCUUCAUCAUAUUUGGUGCAUUGGGCACCAUAGGUCUGCUUCCCAUCUUUUUCACCACAGAUAUUUACCCGAUUGCUACUUUGUGCUUUGUGCUGCUGUGUAAGUUUGGGGCCCUAGCUGUAAUCCACUGCAUGCACAUCCACACUGGAGAGCUGUUCCCAACAAUCAUCCGUAACACAGCCAUGUCUUCCUGUGCCAUGUUUGGACGUGUGGGUGCGUCUCUGUCACCGUAUCUCCAGCUCCUGGCUGUGGUAGCGCCCUCACUGCCCUGGCUGCUGUUGGCUUUGCUGACUUUGCUGAGUGUCCUGCUGCUCUCCUUCCUCCCAGAGACGUUUCAAGAACCACUGCCUGAUGCCAUUGAACAGAUGGCCACGCCACGGAGAUUGAUGUUCAGAUGCAGCUCCACCACUGUGACCACCGUGUCUCCUGUUCAGGAGGUUCUCUGCACCACUCACCUCUGA